GGAUUACGCAUUGUGAGAACCAUGAGCGUUCGCUGUGCUGCUAUUGUGGCGACUGAAUUGCUUUCCAGUACCAGGGUAUUUAGUUAAGCAGAUUGUGUUUCCUCACACCCAGCGAUGAUCUCUUCUUGACGGCGGCUGGUGACAAGUGGCUCGAAAAGGGAAGGGGGGGGGACCGGCGAGGAUCACAACAAACAGAGAUAUGAUCGUGCAUAUAAAUCACAUCAUAACAGGAAGGGACGCAGCGCUGCCAGGAUCAUGAGUUCCUGUGCCGGCGAAUGAAGAAACAGCAGCUCUGGACCGGCGAGGCCUCUAUCUUUGUCCACUAAACCAUGGGAAACGCAGAGGAAAUGCACGGAUGGACUGUAAAAAUGAGCACGCCCAGCGUUUUGGCUGUGGUGACGGUGUUCUCCAUGAUUCCUGGCGGGGUGCUGAGCGAUAUGAGAGGAGCUCAGGGCCUGGAAACCCAACAGCUGGCCCAGGGGUCCACUCAUCUGCAUCGUCGCCUGAGGAGAGGCUGGAUCUGGAAACAGCUGUUUGUCCCCGAGGAAGAUCCCACUCCUCGAGUUAUUGGCCAGCUCAAAUCCGACUCUGACCGAGGCGAGUUUUCCAUCAAGUACGUGUUAUCAGGAGAAGGUGCCGGAGAUGCUUUUGAGAUAGACGAGUAUUCCGGCGAGAUCCGGACGCUGAAGAAGCUCGACCGCGAGGAAAAGGCCUUCUACAUCCUUCAAGCCCAGGCGAUCAACAGGAGGUCCAACGAACCAGAGGAGCCCCAGUCGGAGUUUAUCAUCAAGGUGCAGGACAUCAAUGACAAUGUGCCCCAGUUCCAAAACGAGCCGUAUGUGUCCAGCAUCCCCGAGAUGUGUCCGACUGGGACCACGGUGGCCCAGGUGACAGCCACAGAUGCUGAUGAUCCCAUGUUCGGCAACAACGCCAAGCUCAUCUACUCCAUCCUGCAGGGGGAGCCCUACUUCUCCGUGGAGCCCAAGACGGGCAUCGUGGUGACGUCUUGGCCGAACAUGGACCGCGAAGCCAGGGAGCAGUACCUGGUGGUGGUGCAGGUGAAGGACAUGCUGGGCCUGAGCGGCGGUUACUCCUCGUCCACCACGGUUACCGUCAGCCUGACUGAUGUGAACGACAACGGGCCCACAUUCCAGCACCAUCUCUACACCUUCGCGGUGCCUGAAGACGCCCAAGUGGGCACCACGGUGGGUCGAAUCAUGGCGGAAGAUGGAGACGUCGGCAUCAACGCUAAAAUGACCUACAGUCUGGAGGAUGACCUGGAAGAAAGCUCCACGUUUAUCAUCGAAACGGACCCGACGACACAGGAGGGAGUGGUUCUGCUGGCCAAGCCGUUGGACUACGAAUCCAAGAGACGUUUCGUCAUGGCUGCAGAGGCGGUCAACGACCACGUGGACACUCGCUUCCUGAAUCUGGAUGAGUUCAGCGACAGGACAACGCUCAAGAUCGUCGUGGAGGACGUGGACGAGCCGCCCGUCUUCCUGUCGCCGGCCUACGAGUGGAAAGUUCCUGAGAAUGCGGCGGUGGGAAGCGAGGUUGGCAGCGUUAGCGCCAGAGACACUGACACAGUCAACAAUCCCAUCAGAUAUUCAAUUGACAAAAGGAGCGAUGCCACAAAAGCUUUCAAAAUAGACCCAAACAAUGGGACUAUAACUGUCGCUAAAGCUUUGGACCGAGAGACUUCAAACUGGCACAAUGUGACUGUUGAAGCCAAGGAAACAUCGCAGAACCAUUUAUCCUCCUCUGUGGUGGUGUUCAUCAAAGUGCUGGACAUAAACGACAAUGUGCCAAGGCUUGCAAGAGAUUACCAGCCAUAUAUCUGUGAGGGGACGCAGGCGGGAGAACUCAUUCAGCUGCUCAGUGCUGUUGAUCCAGACGACCCUGUGGAGGGACACCACUUCUACUUCUCCAUGGUCCCCGAGAAGCACAUCAAUCCAAACUUCACUAUCAGAGAUAAUCAAGACAACACGGCCGGCAUCGUGGCACGCAGGAGCACUUUCACACGCAAGGAUCGAACCCAGUACGUCCUGCCCGUGGUGGUGGCGGACAGCGGCUCUCCGGCCCUCUCCAGCACCAGCACUCUGACCAUCACCGUGUGCAGCUGUCAGCCGGCCGGCCACUGUCCCACGGGAGGGGUGGAGGCGCUGGCUCUGUCCAUGGGGCUGAGCCUGCAGACCUUGUUAGGGAUUCUGAUCUGCCUGGUCACACUCACAGUGCUGUCAGUUCUAAUGCUGAUGGUGAGGAGACACAGGCGGAAACAGCAGGAGGGGCUGGAGGUGGAGGUGAGGGAGCUGGAGCUGCCGGAGACGGUGUCGCAAAAGGUGCUUUAUUACGGAGAAGCAGGAGGUGGAGGAAGAGGAGGAGGAGGAGGAGGAGGAAGAAGGGACCUGGACUUGUGCCACCCCGUCGUCCCUCUGCGCCCCCACCCCAGGAGGAGGGAGAGGAGGCUGCGCAGGGAGGACGUCAGGGCCAGCAUUCGCAUGUCUCUCCGGGAGUCACACCUCAUCGGGCCGGAGGACGAGGUCUUCAAGCAGUUUAUUCUGGACCGGCUGGCGGAAGCUGACCAGGAUCCUUACGUUCCCCCCUUUGACUGCCUAAGAACAUACGCGUAUGAAGGGUCGGGGUCUCCCACGGGGUCCUUGAGCUCUUUGGAUUCUUCUGCUUCGGAGGUUGGACCCGAGCAACCCGUCUGCAAUCCCAGACCUUGUUUAGUAAGACUCACCCCUUGGUACGGCGGAGGAGAGGAGGACACCGUUUUCUGAGAUUCAUUUUUGCGUCCUAGACAAGGGCAGUGCAUGCCCAAUAAACCUUCCUCAACAAUGAUAUAAAAAUCACAAUUUUGCGUUAAACAAAAUGUUUGGCGUUGUGGGAACAGCUUGUCUGAUUUUUUUUUUACCGUUGGCUACCUAUUUCUUCAUUUUUUUUGGUUUUAUGCUAAGCUAACACGCUCUCGUCUCUGAGAAAGGGAAUUUCCUGUAAUGUUGGACUAUUCUUUUUAAACAUAAAAUCAAGAGCUACUGCUGGCAUGCUUUACAUCAGCUUUUGUUUGCUGUAUUUUUUAUUCUAUGAACAACCGUCCUAUAACUUAAACCACUUUUAUUACUUUACAUCAGCUUGAAAGCAUUAAUAACUAACUAAAUGUCACAUUAGAAUAAAUGCCGCAUAUAUUAAAUGUGUCGGUGCUUUAAAAUCAAAAGGGAAAUGGCUGACCUACUGUUUUGCACCAAUCAAAUGUUGUCAAUUUUCAUGUCUUUUGUCGUUAAUGGGUUGUACAAAACUUUCCCUAAUCUGCAGAGACGACAGUUUGCAUCCUGUCUCCUACUAAAAGCCAAAGAUUGCUGAGCUUAGCGCUAAAUAUUUCUUUUCUUUUGGGCAGAACAAGCUGAAAACUAUAAUAUAUUGUUGCAGGAAACGUCAUCUUUCACACACAUCCAGCAGAGCAACAUUUUUUUUUUAAUGUGUGUUCAUUCCAGUAUUACGAGCUCCGUUUUGUUCUCCACCUCCUGCUAAAAAAGUGAUGCGGCUCCUUAGCUUGUUAGCCUUGCGACUGCACCACUAUAUUGAGCUAAGAGCUUCGCCUGUUUGUUGUGUUGCACUGGGCAGGGAGUGCACAGCGGCUUUAUUAGAGGGGCUUUUUUUUUGUUGUUGCUGAAAACAGCUCCCUGCUGCAGCUGGAAAAAUGACUGUUGAGGAUCGUGUUUGUCGGCUGGAAUACCAAAACAAUGAGGGUAAAGAGGCUAAAUGUGCUCUCGAAGCGGAGGGAAAGUAUCUGAUUUGUAAUUGGAAAUGUCAUAUUGUUUGUUUUGAGGUGUGACGGCAUUAACAGCAGUAUUACUGACCUGUGAAUUUUUAAUUUCUGGCAUUAUGUUAUUCAGUUUUUAUCCUGUUGCUGUUGUGUAUUUGGCAUUUCGGCUUGUAUUUCUGUUAUAUGAGAUGUGUGAGUAAGUUAUUGUAUAAUCCCCAUGCAUAUGUCAACAUAUUUUUCUAAAUGAAGAUUUUUAUGUCAUGAUUGCCGUAAAUCUCACAGACAUGAAAGUUUAUAUAGAGCGAGUAUGCAUUAAAUAUUAAGCCUUUAACAUGCA